UCGUCCCUUCCUGAUGACGUCAGGAGACAGUGCCGCAGUUUUGCAUGAUGCAUCCUGUGAGACUCAGGAGCCUACAGUGGGCGACAAAAUAGAAUACUUGAGUUCAAGAUUAUAGGCAAAUGCAUGUGCGGUUCUUCUCCAGGAUUGUAGCCGUCUCUUUUCCAGUCUUUGUCUGCCCUUUGAAGACUCCAUUCCUACAUGAUAUUUAAAGUGGGACCAUAGAAUAGCCACCACAAGAUUUGAGAGCUUUACAGCAAUGGUUGGACCAAGACCAGUAGUGCUAACUGGGCCCUCAGGGGCAGGCAAGAGCACUCUUCUCAAGAGACUUAUCAAGGAGUUUGAGGGCGUGUUUGGAUUCAGUGUCUCACAUACAACAAGAAAUCCUCGUCCUGGAGAAGAAAAUGGCAAAGAUUAUCACUUUGUAACACGGGAUGUGAUGCAGAAAGGUAUAUCUUCUGGAGAAUUCAUUGAAAAUGCAGAGUUUUCAGGGAACAUGUAUGGAACAAGUAAAGCCGCAGUACAUGAUGUGCAAGCCAAGAACCUGAUUUGCAUUCUUGAUAUUGACAUGCAAGGUGUGAAGAAUAUCAAAAGGACAGACCUUAACCCCAUUUACAUAUCCAUCCAGGCACCUUCUAUGGAAAUCCUUGAGAAAAGGCUACGUGACAGAAAGACUGAGACAGAAGAAAGCUUACAAAAACGUCUUUCUGCUGCUAGGAUUGACAUGGAAAUUAGUCAAGAACCAGGCCUAUUUGAUGCUGUAAUUAUUAAUGAUGAUUUGGAAGAAGCCUAUAGCAAAUUAAAGAGUGCUCUUAUUGUGGAAAUUGUGAAGGUCCAAGAUUCCAGGAAGGACUAACAUAGCAUUAUCUUUUUUUACUACCUCAUUCCAUGGAAGAAAAGUCCUUUGCUCACAUUCCUUUUUAACUGCCUUUUCACAUGAUAGCCUAUCUGUAAUUCUAAGAGAUUUAUUGCAUUUGUUUUAAAUUCUAUAUCAAUGAAACAAUUCUUUUAUUUUCUUGCUAUGAAGGCCACGUACUUUGGAUUUGUUUAUAAAAAAGGAAGACUUUUGACUUUUAAAAUUUAAUUUGUAACAAAUUGCACUCCCAGUUUAUUUAGAUGAAAUCCUGUUUGAUUAUUUAUGAGACUACACAGUUCUAGUAUCCAUUUCAGAAAACCUCGAAUCAUGUCCAGAUAAAGUGUAUUCAUUAUUUGUUAGAACUAUCUGUAUGUGUGUGUUUAUCCUAAAAAUAAGUUUUAUUUGUGCAUAGUAGCUGACUUCCACUGCAGCCUAAAACCUAUAUAAAGUGAAUGUAUGUAAACAGAUUUGUUUCAACAGGAGUUCUUCAGUUAGGGGCACCCAUCUGUUUUAUUGUGAAAGUAUAAAACUGAUGUUUUUUUUUAAAGAAAGUUUAAUAUUUUUAUAGUUUUAUGUAAGAUGUUUAAUUCUUGUAUUAGGAAAGAUUAUUUGGCUCUCUACACAUGAUUAUUAAUUUUAAGUUAAUAGUGAAACCAUCUAAAAAAUGUUUUCACACUUAAUUAGCAGGGAUUGGCAUCAGUAACAGCAUACUCAUUUUAAAAAAAAUUGUCUAGCAAAAGUAAAUCUUUAAGACCAUAGACAUUAGACUAUGAAUGCCAACACUAUUAUAUACAUUUUUAAAAAAAUACCACUCAUGUUUAACAGAGGGACUCUGUUUGAAAAUAAAAUAAACUGAAUGGAAAACUGACCAUUUUUUCCAUGAUCAUUAUGAAAAAAAAUUAACAUACUGUACUCCGUUAAAUAUUAAGAUUGUAAGGAAUCUAAUGAACCCUGAAUUUUAAAGAAUGAUGAGGCUGCAAACACAAUUGCAUAACAAUAACAACAGCAACAAGUUAUUUCUGUACCAAAUUGACAUACAAAAGAUGUAGCUCAAACUGCUUUACAAGAUGUCUCAAAGAAAUAGUUACAAGCAAAGGAAAAAACAAAUAUUGCACACUUACAUAAGAGAGACAUGUAAUUUAGCAAAGCAGAGUCCUUAAAUAUAGAAAUUUUUCUAAGUCCCUGAAUGCAAGUACGAUAAUAAGGUCAAAUGAUCAGGAACGAUAGUAAAAAUAAAAUAAUGCAAAUCAGGCAUUUGAUAACAAGAGAUGGACACCAAAAGGCCAAAUUCAAGCCAAUCUUGUAGUAUCCCACCACCCAUUUAAUUAAAUCUGUCACACCAGGCAAAUUCAUUCAUAUGAGAGCAUAUUACACAAAAGAAACCACAAAAAUAAUAUAAAAGCAUUUGUGACAUCAGUAUUUGACAAUACAUGCAAAUGAACAAGAAAAUAUUAUUUACAUGGCCCCAGACAUGCCUGUUUCUCAGGUGAUGGUAAUUAAUCGUGAAUAGUUGUGAUGAUUGUAUUUACAGUUGUGAAAGAUGGUCUGCCUCUAGCAAAACAACUUUACUGAAGAUACUAACGGAUCAGUUUCACCAGCGGUUUUGAAAACCAUGUUAGCUUGCCAUCCUGCUCAGUGUGUGUGUGGAAGCAAAAUAAACUUGGGCCCUCUCCCAGACAAGUAGCAGUUCAUUGAUUUGAACUUUUUAGUUAUUGCCUUAACUCUAAAUGUGGACAUUUUUAGGGGUGUGGCAAUUUUUUAUAGCCAUUUCCUUACUUAUGAAGGUGAGCUCACUUUUCUUUCAUUUGAACAGUGUAUUCUCCUGCCUUUCUCAUGUUGAUGAAUGUCUAGGGGAAUUUGGCCUCUGUGACUACUCAUAUGUAUAUACCCCAGUGAAACAGAAAGUCUGAAUUACUGCUUGGACGUUUCUACACGCUCUGUAAAAUGUCAGAUAUAAAUGGAAAUAAUGCUUCAGUUACACUUUGUUCACAAGAGUUUCUAGGGGUGCCAAUUAUCAUAUGGCAUAUGUGGUUUUGUUAAAAGUAAUUAUUUCAAUUAAAGUUUGGAUUUCUCUCAUUUUUUUUAGUGUGAGAUUAAGGUAUCUCAGCAAAAGUGAUUUUUUGCUUACAACCCUUUUCACUCCUCGUUAUCAGGGGUGCCAAUAAUUGUAGAGGAGAAACUGUAGUUGCAUACAUUAAAUAUGCAUUUCCUCCUCUGAGGUCCAACUUAAAAAGCAGAUCCAUUUAGUUAGUCUUUCGAUGUUUGGAUUCCAUCAGUAUGGAAUCAAAACUUAAAACGGUGAAUAUGAUGGUUUCUGUUUUCCACAUUUCACCAAGUGUACAAUUGGCUUUAUCAAUCCACAAUGCAACCAUGAUAUUUAAAAUUACAUUUUUGCAACUAGAAAUAUGUCAUAGUACAAAUAUACACCCACACUAUUUUUAGGAAUAAGAGAUUUAAGAUGCAAGUGUAAUUACUGUAUCUCUAGAGCAACAUUUGCAUUCCCAGGAAGUAAAUUAAAUUGGAGAAUGACAAGUACUGCUUUCUUGGCUUCAAGAGAAUACUGGUCAGAGAUACAUGGUUCAUUUUUUAAUUUUUAAUUUCUAAAAAUGCUUGCAAUUUCCAUGUAACAAACUGUAUUGUAUAGUCGACAUUUUUUCUUUCACUUUUUGUAAAGAGAAGAAGUCGUCACUGGAAGUAAACAGUUUUCUUUGUUGCUUUAUGGAGGAGCACAAAUGGAAGGUUCUAUAAAGCAGCGUGUAGGGGUACUGUCAUUGGAAAUUUGCCAAAAAAAAUGAAUGCACAAAAACAAAAACUGUCUUUUUUGCCUUGGGAUGAGGCAGACAGGUAAGUCCUUAGAAAAAGCAGAGGCCAACAAGAAUUUUAGUGCUUAUUAUUGCAACUAACUGCUGCUUCUGCUAGGCUGAUAUACAAAAUACUCUUCUAUGCUGCCUUAAAGUCGCUUAGUUAUGUAAGAGGCAUUCUUGUCCCUUGUCUCAAAGACCACUACCAGAGAGCCUUAACAACUGAAAUGUCAUUCCCAUCCUUUCUGAAAUAAAGCAGCAGACUGUAACCAUUCAGAAAAUUUAAAAUUUUUUAUUUCAGGUUUCAAAUAAACUUUAGAGUACGGUUGGUAAUCUUAAUGAAAAAAAUCCUUGAAAAUGCCCAUCCCUGUUGUUGAGUAUUUUACAUUAAAAACAGGCCAGUCUUUUCUUAGUUAAGGGUUCUAAAAUGUACCCUUCAAAUCUUUUCUUUGUUUGUUUUUUUUUUUUUUAAACCUAACUAAAAUGGGUGUCAGGUGUGGUCUCCUGUCCACACCUCCGUAGACACAACUAUAGAAUACAGCACUGGACAAGAAGAUAAAAUACCGCAUACUUCACGCAAAUGUAAUUUCACAUUCAUUCACUUCACAGCAAUUUAGAAAUGGCCAUUAAUCUGAUAGCAUGGCUUUGAAUGGAAGAAAGAAAGGUAGUGGUGGAAACCUGUUCAGAGAUGGGGAAGACAGUACAAACUUCACAGAGAAAAAACAUCUGCCUAAGUAUCAAGUAUCAAGUGCUGUUGCAUAGGAUGCUUAUGUUUUUAUCAAAAAAGACAAAAUUUUGUUUAUUCUAACCUUGUAGUUGAGAGUUAACAUUAUAAAUUAAAUUGCACAGAUAUUGCAGAUGUUGGAUUAUAUUAAGAUAGAAUGUCAAGGAAGUAUAAAUUAUUUGUUUUACUUCUCAGGAAAUAGAAUAUACUAAUACCACUCCUUUUUCUUCAAAGUACAGUUUCUGAAUGCCAUAUUGUAACAUGUGUUGUGUCCUGUUUUAUGCUGCUUAAAAAUGUGUUUGAUGUACUUUUUAUGAAAACAAAACUGUUAAUAUAAGUGGGAUAUGUCUAGCAGAACAGUUUGGAAUAGUGCACAAUAAAAUAACUUCUACAUUAA